AUGGCCUCCUUCAGGCUGCUUACUCUAGAGUUAUUAACUUUUACUGGAGGAUACUUGUUAUUCUUAAAUCUGCAGUACUUGGAUUUAUACUUUAUAAAUUUCCAGAAUACCAGAUUUAUAAAAAUAUAUAAUCUAGAGGAAAUCUCUUAUUACCUGAAAUUUUCUAUAAGUACUAGUCAAACUGAAUUUACUAACUUUGGACUACGGGAGUUGGCUUUCUUUAUAAUAUUUCAGCAAAGCUGGGUCGCUGACAAUAAGUUUAUAAUUAUUCAGGACAUUAUGGAUUUUAAUAAUUAUAAAAUUAAAGAGGUUGAGCUUUUUAGUUCUAUCUGUACUAUUGAGGAAGAACGCGCUCUGAGACUGGAGAAAAUAGACUUCUAG